AACAGUUGCCUUUUCCUCUCACGCAAGGGAGAUUUCAUUUUGAGACUGGAUACAGUUGAAACCAAACCACAUACCACAGAGGGUAUGAUGGCUAAGAAGCCCCCGAAACCAGCCCCUCGCAGGAUCUUCCAGGAAAGAUUAAAGAUUACUGCUCUACCCAUGUACUUUGAAGGAUUUUUGUCAGUCAAGCGGGCAGCAUACCAGGAGUUUAAACGUUAUUGGACAGAGUUAAGAGGAACUACACUUUUCUUUUAUACCGAAAAGAAAAAUACAAUAUACGUGGACAAACUAGACAUAAUAGACCUUACAUGCCUUACUGACCAAAAUUCAACUGAAAAGAAUUGUGCAAAAUUCACCCUUGUUUUGCCAAAAGAGGAAGUGCAGCUGAAGACAGAAAACACAGAAAGUGGGGAAGAAUGGAGAGGCUUCAUUCUUACAGUAACAGAGCUGUCAGUUCCACAACAUGUGUCACUUUUACCUGGGCAAGUUAUUAGACUGCAUGAAGUCCUAGAGAGAGAAAAGAAAAGGAGGAUUGAGACACAGCAGGUACCAAAUACAUCUCUGGAAAAAGAGAAGGAACCAAUUGAAGAUUAUGUGGAUGUACUGAAUCCUAUGCCAGUAUGCUUUUAUACAGUUUCCCGGAAAGAAGCCACUGAGAUGCUGGAGAAGAAUCCUUCCUUGGGAAAUAUGAUCCUGAGGCCUGGUAGUGAUAGUAGAAACUACUCCAUCACUAUCCGACAGGAGAUAGACAUGCCAAGAAUCAAGCACUACAAAGUGAUGAGCAUAGGGAAAAACUACACUAUUGAACUGGAAAAACCUGUAACACUCCCAAACCUUUUCAGUGUUAUUGAUUAUUUUGUGAAGGAGACUCGAGGAAAUUUAAGACCAUUUAUAUAUUCAAAUGAGGACAAGCUUGGUCAAGAACACAACAUGGAAGGGAUAAGCGAGAAGCUGAAGAAAAAUCCACACACUGAAUGAAAUAAAAUGUGAAACUGCUUUCAUGUAAUUCGAUAAUUUGUUUUCAAAAGAUCUCAUUUUUAAAGAAAAUUACCUCUUUUAUCCUAAUUGUUAAUUUCCAAGUCACUCACUUGGACAUCAGAGUUAAAGUAGCACACAACUUCACUAUUUUAUCAGAAUGAAACCCAGGGAAAAACCAUAGGCUGUGGUUGUGGGUUCAUUUGUAGAUACAUGUGUUUCAAUGCACUAAUAUAAGCCAAAAACAUAUAAUUCUUUCUAAAUGGAGGUUUAUAUUUCUGGGCUUCAAUUAGAUACUUAACUAUAUAAUCUUCAGAACAAAUUUUCUAGUUCUAAAUCCUAAUUCCAAAACAACCUCAAAAGGCUAUUUAAAAAAAAAAUCUGUUUGACCAAUUUAUCAAAUAUAAGGCAUUUAAAUUAACUAGCUGGAAGCUAGACACAUAAAGUGAAUCAGAAGCCCUUUUCCAAUGGAAAUAUUCUAUGCCACAUAUUUUGUUGCUGGAAAUAAAUGAAAUUGAUUCACUUCUG